CACAAGUGGUCUCCUCUCCAUCUCGCUCGCUCGGCCAACUCAACAGGCGAGAUGAUCUUGGAAUUCCAGCCGCGCAAUUAUUCCUCCACUUUCCUGCUGGCAUGCCUCGUGCUGCUCCAAUUAUCGCUAAUCAGGAGCCAAAAACCCGAGACGAUUCUCAGAAGGAAUCUUCUGUCAAAUUACAACAAGGAGUUGCUGCCACGCGAGAACAACAGUGCUCUGGUCAAUGUGUCGACUUAUCUCGUCAUAAAGCGCAUCGAGCCCAAGAAGAACUUCAUGGUCACCGUCCAGGCAAACCUUUUCGCCACCUGGAUGGACGAUUAUUUGAAGUACACGGACAACCCCGACGAUAUAAAAAAUCUUGUUGUCACGGCUGAUGAGGUUUGGGUUCCAGACAUCACCAUUUAUAACGUGGAGCUCACCACAAAAUUGUUCGGCGCCGGGAGCAGGUGCUAUUUAUACCCAAGCGGCAAGUUGUCCUGCAAGCGACGAUUUUCCGUGUCCAUUUAUUGUCAACUUGACUACAAAGAGUGGCCUCACGAUACGCAAGUUUGCGAGUUGUUCAUUGGUGCUUGGGCUGAGACUCGCGUGAACUUGGUCACCAUGGGCAAGAACGGAUACUCUCUAAACCUGCUUAGGAACAAUCCAAGAUGGCUCGUCAAAAAUGUGACUGUCAAUCCGCAACCCAUCGGACACGGUGGCGCCAUUUACAUCAGGUACAAUUUUGAACUGAAGAGGAAGGAUAUGGGGCACUACAAUGAGUACGUUGCACCGGCCAUGAUUAUCGCUCUGCUGUCGUUGAGUCCGUUUUGGUUGCCCAGGGACAGAGGACUGCUCAGGAUUGCCAUGACGAUGGUCACGCUCACUUUGAAUGCCUUGUUUUUACAGCACUUAGGAUUUGAUAUUUUGGGAUGGAGUGGAGACACUGUGCCGAAAAUAGGUCAAUUCUACCGGGACGGCAUCUACAUGAACCUGUUCUCGGUGCUAAUCACGGCGGUGCUGCGGCUGCUGUGCUCGACGGAGGCGGCCGUGCCCGCCUAUCUGGCCCCGAUUUCGGCCUUUCUGGGCUCGUCGCCGGUGACCCGCACGGUGCUCUGCGUGCCUCCCAAGACCGGGCCGUGGCAUCCGCUGGCUGCUUUAUUGGACCGGGCCGCAUUCUUGGCGGCCGCUCUUAUCUAUUUCCUGGUCCUUGUGGAUCUGGUGCCCGCCUAAUGUGCGUUUAGGGAAAUGCGAGCUGGGGGGACAUUAUACGAGCGGCGGGAUUUCUUCUCUCUUUUCCGAUCGAGAUUGCGCCCCCCUGCCUUUGUAUGAUAAACACCAUUUAUAUCGAAUUUAAAACGCAUCUUGGAGGGCGCCGAAGAAGGAAAUAAAAAAAGAGGAAAAUCCAACAAA